AUGGAAAGUACUUUCGUGUCGGUCUUUAAGCUGGAUGGUGUCCCCAUACUACCUCCUUUGGUUAACGAUGAGGUGCGUGCUGCAGUAGCUGUUUACCGGUCGAAGGCGAUCGAAAUCGAAAAACGACUGCAGGAACGAAAUAGGACGUUGGCGGCGAUUGAGACUGUUGAUUCUCAAUCGAUCAAUGGGGAUAGUUUAACCGGAAGACAAGCAUUAGACGAGAAAGAAAAUGACUCACAGGAGGUUGUUUUAUCGGAUGAAAAAAAGGAACUGGAAACGAUUACAAAUGUGUCCAAAAUAGCUAUUGAUACAACAAGUGUAGAUGAGGAUUCUUUAAACCAAAGUGAACCAUCAACAAUUACAGUUCCUCCCGGAGCAGAGCAGAAAACGAUCGUGAUCACCAACACCGAAACGAAAGAGAAGGUGGAUCAAGCGGAUAAUGUUUACAAUCCGAUUGAAAACAGCAUGAAACUCGAUGAUGUGAUUCACUCGAGCUGGCAGUCGUCAACCACCAGAACGGUGACACCAACAAACUCUGAGGAAUCCGUGGGAUGGUUUCCAUUGGUGAGAUCCAAUACAUUCGAUCUAGAAAAACCAACCAUAGAUCUAGUAAAUCUGCAACGGGUCAACGAUCAUUCUACGCCGGUCGAUCGUGCAAAGGUAAAGUCUCCGGAUGAAUCAAAAGAAAAAAAAGAACGAUCCAAGAUUAAAACGAUUCCCGUUGAAAGUAAACCGAAAGCAUUGAAUUCUGGUGUAGUUACGGGAAAGUAUAACACACCGGUUAAAGCAUCUCCAAUUGCAAUGGGAAAAUCUAAAGCAGAAUGUCUGAAAAAAUCACCUCAGGAUCAAAGGAAACUGAGUACCGAUCCGACUAAAGCUAGACCCAAAAGAAAGACUGUUUCGCGCAAGAUCAGCCACUCUUCCACCGGUUCCGGUGUAGAAUCCGACCGUGCAUUGGAGAGUGUAGCACAAGCCUUAACCACGCACGAACAGCGCAUGAUGGAACUGUUGAAAAAGCAGGAAGAGGAGCGGCUAAUGCUGGAGGAAAGUUUUCGCCAAAAGACCCAAGAAUUGGUAGCUCUUUGUGCGAAAUCUCUUACGGUAGAGGAAGAAAAUGGCAAUGAUAGCUGCAGCUUGAUGAUGACUCGCACCAAAACUCCAGACAUCCAUACGGCUUCGAGCGUCAGUCAACUAUCGCUGUGUGAUGUGUCGUACGAUUCUUGUACCGACACUGAUGAUGCCGCUUACCAAACCUGCCACGCCAAUGGAACGUCGGAGGAAAAUGUAAACAAUAGUGAGCAUACGCUUACUGAGGAGACAACGACCAAACAUCAGGACAGUAAUGGGAACGAUAUUAUCAGUCUGCUGCUGCCACAGCGAAUGACGGAAUACCAGCAGACCCGUGCGGCCACAACUAUUAAUGCGUACGUGCGCGGCUACCUAACCAGACGUCUGUUUAAAACGGACGAAGUGCAAAACAUUAAGCGUACGAUCGCUGAUAUUGUCUGUUUUAUCGUAAGUACACAGCAAACGACAGUGAAAGGCACGAGGGAAGAUGCAAAGCAAGCUGCCCUGCGUCGCAAUGCCGGUAAACAGAUUGCGUACUGUUUGGACCAGUUGCACACUAUAUUCGUAACCUGUACGCCGCGCGAACGCUUGAAAAUGAUCCGACGGGAUCGCAUUUUGAAAAGCAAAUCUACACUGCCAAAAAAGGAUCUUGAGUUGAAUGUAUAA